AUGUUAUGUAUCCAGCGCAUCAACGCAUACACAAAGACCCACCUGCCCGAGCCAACUUACAGCCAUUCUUUUCGUGUCUAUCACUACGGCCUCGCCAUCAAGCAAUAUCGCUUCCCAGAAUGGACUUUCGACGAUGAGACAUACUUUCUUUCCUAUAUGCUCCAUGAUAUCGGAACAACCAGGAAGAAUUUGAGAGCCAGCAAGCUUAGCUUCGAGUUACAUGGCGGUCUGAUCGAGCUAGAUGUUCUCCAAGCCCAGGAAGCUUCUGCAGGAGGCUUGGAUGCCAUCGCGCCAAAGGAUCAGGCCGAGAGCGUGGCCGAAGCAGUUAUCCGGCACCAAGACUUCUGCGAGAAGGGCAAAAUCACGGCUCUUAGUUAA